CGGAACCACCUACAGCCCUCACGGUAGCCGGGGCUGGUUGGAGACCCCCACUAAACGAGCCCCUCCAAGUCAUCAGCGAGGACGCCGGCUCCUGAAUGAGAUGGCUCGAUCUUAAACUGUAGAGCUGGGGUCACUGAGGGCGGGUCUCCUGUGCCUAUUGGCUGCCCUGCGGCGCGACAGGCGGUGAUUGAGCCCCGGCAGGGAGCAGCUCCCGGCCGCGGUCGCUGUCCACCUGAAGCCAAAGGACUAUGGCGGCCUCGGACCUCCACGCGGAGCUGGACUCGCGGCUGAUGCAGCUGCUCGAGGACCUGGAGGAGCUGGAGGCGAAGCGGGCAACGCUGAACGCCCGGGUGGAGGAGGGCUGGCUCUCGCUUGCCAAGGCGCGUUACGCCAUGGGUGCCAAGUCGGUGGGUCCCCUGCAGUACGCCUCCCGCAUAGAGCCUCAGGUUUGCGUCUGUGCCAGCGAGGGCCAGGACGGACUGCAGCAGUUCAGAGUGGUGAGAGCUAGCGCCCAGAUCCCGGAGGAGGUGGGGCCCCGCGAGGCAGCUCUGCGUAGACGCAAGGGCCCCACCAGGACCCCAGAGCUGGAGCCGUCCUCAGCCCCCCAGGACCCCCUGAACUGGUUCGGUAUCCUGGUUCCUCACAGUUUGCGACAAGCCCAAGCCAGCUUCCGGGAUGGCUUGCAGCUGGCUGCAGACAUAGCCAGCCUCCAGAUCCGCAUCGAUUCGGGUCAAAGCCAGCUCCGAGGGCUCCAGGAAAAACUCAGGCAGCUUGAGCCUGGGGCUGCCUGACCUGUGUCCAUGGGCAGUGAGCACAGCUGAUCUUGAUGUGGCUGCCAUAUCUCCGGCCUUCUUCCUUCACAAGCAGCUCCUGCCCCUACCCUACCUAUGAAGUUCCCCCUUCACCCUUUAAAAGUGUCCCUGAUCUGAAUGUUUCCAACUUUGUUAGUUUGAAGAAGCAAACUGAGUGAUGUGGAAAGCCAGUACUGUGAAACCACUUCUAGGCCUGAGUUCUCCUAAGACACACACUGGUCAGGUGCGAGGCUGUUGCCAUUUGUGAGCAAGUGGACCAGCCUCAGGUCAAUCAGCUGUGCUCUCAUUACUGGAUGAUGAACACUUCACACGCAGUGGCAGUAAACACAGGAAGUAGUGUUUGAUCCUCCUGACUUGACUUCCAUGGAGGAGAAAACCAUGAAAAGCUGAGAAAUCAGGGCAGUAGGAUUUGAGUUAAUAGAAAUAGAAACCCGCAUAGACAGGCAGCCUGCAGCACCUCUAAGGCAGGAAGUAAAAAACAUAUGACCUAGAUGUCCAAGGGAACUCUAGGAAGAGAUGUUCCAGUUUUUGAAAACCUGCUUGUAUCCUACUAGGAUUGAGGCUGAGCCUCUCUUCAUUUGUUGAAGGGUCAAUUGUUUCCUGUUCUGGGAACUCAGUGUACUUGCUUAAUUUCUCUUUUUAGCAAUUUCUGGGAGUUCUUUAUGUUUGGGGGGAAUUAGUCCUUUGUUUAAUAAGAAGAAAUGUAAGCACUGUUUUCUGGUUCCUCUUUCAACUUUGCCUAUUGUUUAUUUGUUUAACUUCUUGCUGUAAAAUAAACCAUCAAACUUCACAGAACAUUUGAGUCUUAGUGAAUUAAAGUGAAAGCUAAAGUAACCAUCAA